AAUGCUUUCAGAGAAACAGUCGUGGUUUCCUCAAAACUAGCUUCACGGCUAAAUAUCUCUAAUAACACAGUUUAAAACUUUGCUCCAUAAGGCAGGCGAUUACUAAUUCACAGUUAAAGCAAAACCUUUUAUGCGGUUAUGACUUGACUUCGGUGUCGGCAGUGACUGAGCUCAACGGUUAACGUUUUUAUAUCUCCGCAUCACUUAAUACAAGUGUCUGGACUGAGCAAGAUGCUAGCAUGUGUCGUUAGCAAACCACUGCAGGAAAUUAGCUCGUAAGCUUAGACGGCCUGCCAAGUGUUAUUAUGAGGCUUACUUUUUCCUCUUUAUGCUCAUACACGAUUUAAAUAAGCUCUGCGUAAUGGACACCGAGGCAAUAGUGAUCCGUAUAAAAACGCCAUCAGGGGACAUGGACUCGUCCGUCGACUGUCCAUCUCUUCUGAACUUCAAUGACUUGCUGGUCGCAAUCAGAGAUGUCAUGCCUGAAGCCACUGUGACGGCCUUUGAAUAUGAAGAUGAGGUGGGAGACAGAAUCACUGUAAGAAGUGAUGAAGAACUCAAAGCCAUGUUGUCAUAUUACUUUAACACAAUGAACGAACAACGCAUGAAUGGACUGCUGCCAGACCCUCUACAGAUUUUUCCACGAGCCGGCAAGACUCCAGGGAUCCGGAACAUACAUGGCCUGAAGGUUAAUACAAGACCUAACCCAGCGAAUGACUGCACUCAUGCUGUCCCAGACUCCAUGGCCAACAACAGCUUAAAAAAAUCAUCCGCUGAGCUGAAGAAGAUCUUGACAAAUGGGCAGAUAAAUGCCCAAGAUAUCAACUAUCAAGAGCAGCUUGGCCAUGGAAACGGAGGCACAGUUUACAAAGCAUACCAUCUUCUUGGCAAGCGGGUUUUAGCUGUCAAGGUCAUUCCCCUGGAUAUCACAGUGGAAUUACAGAAGCAGAUCAUGUCAGAAUUAGAAAUUCUCUACAAGUGUGAUUCACCCUACAUCAUCACUUUCUUCAGUGCCUUUUUUGUAGAGAACAGGAUAUCAAUAUGCACAGAAUUUAUGGACGGUGGCUCUCUGGACGUGUACAAAAGAAUUCCAGAGCAUGUGCUGGGGAGGAUCGCACUAGCAGUAGUCAAAGGCCUGACAUAUCUGUGGAGCCUGAAGAUACUUCACAGAGAUGUCAAGCCUUCCAAUAUGCUGGUGAACACCCGGGGACAAGUCAAGCUCUGUGACUUUGGUGUCAGCACACAGUUGGUGAAUUCUAUUGCCAAAACGUAUGUGGGAACUAACGCAUACAUGGCGCCAGAGAGGAUAUCAGGAGAACAAUACGGUAUCCAUGCAGACGUAUGGAGUGUGGGAAUCUCUUUCAUGGAGCUGGCGCUAGGCAUGUUCCCCUAUCCACAGAUUCAGAAAAACCAAGGAUCUUUAAUGCCUCUCCAGUUACUGCAAUGCAUCGUUGAUGAGGAUCCUCCAGUUCUUCCUGUCGGCCAGUUCAGUGAGAAGUUUGUCCACUUCAUCACUCAGUGUAUGCGGCGGCAACCCAAAGAGAGGCCUGCCCCUAAUAACCUCAUGGUGUUACAGGUCAAGGACUCUCGAAGUUUGCAUUGCUGUGUGGAAACAACAGUAAUGAACUUUUCACUGCAAAUGAAACGUGUCAGAGGGAGGCCAUCGAGAAACCUUGAUAGGAUUGAGACCCACUUCAGCGAUAAUUCGUUCAAUUCACUGCAUUGGAGCCAACCUGAAUGGAUCAGGCCUAGUUGCUGUUCAAGAUUCAAAUCAUUCUAGUUUACAGGUUUUAUAACCUAAUAAAAAUUUG